CUCCCCGGCAGUUUUGAAUGUCGAACUUCGAUGAUGCGGAUGCGCGAGCUCGGUGGUUGUCGAGUGUGUUUAACGUGUUCCGAUCUCCGGUGAUUUUAAAGCAGUUUCCUAACGUUUAGGAGUUUGGAGAAGAGUGAAAGAAGAAAGUGGACUUUAUUAAACAUGGAGGAGGCUGAAUCGGCACCGAUACUCUCCAGAAAAGAGCUGCGUAAACAGAAACUGAUGGAGUACUUGGCGGCCAAAGCCAAGAUAAAGCUGCCCACCGUCGGGUCACCGGUCCAUGAGGGCCGUGGGAGUCAGAGGGCCACAAAUUCCUCACUAAAGGGCGUGGCAGAAAAAGAAAACAAAGCUCCGUCUGACAAAAUAGCAUCCAAAGGCUCAAAAGGUCAAACGUUCACGUCUCAGUUCAGUCAGGAUCCUCCCAGAAGGAGACCUCUAGGUGGGAACGGGAAUGCAAAAGGCGGCUCACUGAAUGUGAGUAAGAUCCAUCCGUCGUCCGGCAGCGCCACGGCACGGCCCGGACACUAUCAAGUCCCCGUGCUCACAAAAACACACACGGCGGUGUCUUCCAAAUCCAUCGUGACGUCCAACACCUCUCUGAGAAGGCAGACAAACACAAGAAGCCAGCAUUCGCUCAACACAUCUUCAAAUUCAACUUGGACUCGUACCAAAUCCAGCUUUAGCCGGAACGGUGCCGAGUCAUGUCCGAUUAACACGGCUACGGCUCGGAUCAGUCUGGGUCCGCUCGUGUUAACGAAAACAGGACUCGCACCUACGGUGACACUGCUGAGAAGCACCCAGUCCCACGGCGCUCCACAAAGAACCAUCGCUGCCGAGAAGAUCCAGCCCAGAGCUUCAGCGCCAGUCUCUCAGAAGAUCCAGCCCAGAGCUUCAGCGCCAGUCUCUCAGAAGAUCCAGCCCAGAGCUUCAGCGCCAGUCUCUCAGAAGAUCCAGCCCAGAGCUUCAGCGCCAGUCUCUCAGAAGAUCCAGCCCAGAGCUUCAGCGCCAGUCUCUCAGAAGAUCCAGCCCAGAGCUUCAGCGCCAGUCUCUCAGAGGUCUUCAAGUUCACGAGCUAGAGCUGAAGUUCUAACUCAGAACAAGUUCAAAUCCAAACCGCCUCUGAGCAAAAAUCCUCAGCCAGCAUGUAGGAGUCAGUCGUCAGGUGGUCUGAGGGCCACGCCCUCUUCCUUUAAGUGCAACGCUCCACCUGUAAUGCCCGGAGCGAAAGGAUCAACCAGUGGAUCAGCUGCUCAGCCUGCGGAGAGGUCCAGAAAGGAAACAUCUGCAGCAGAAGGAGAAAAGAGGAACCGGCUUUUAAGAGCUGCUCCCCAAACGAUGAGCAGGUCUAAGUUGGCCGCCGUGACCGAGCUCGGCGCCAAAACCAACACAAGUAAAGAAACUCGCAGCAAAGCUUCUGCAAGAGCGCUUCCAUCACAACCACCUAAAAAACCUGCAGCGGCUCCAGCGAUGUCCCGGACGGUACCGCAGCCUUCCAGGUCCGUCAGAACCGCAAGCCGGGCCACAGACAUGAAAACACCAAAGGUUACAGCCAAGGCUGCUCCCCAGACUGAAGGAAAGAAGGUGUCUGCUGCUCAGGAGGAAAGAAUCAAAAAGCUUCAGGAGUGGCGAGAAGCGAAGGGAAUUUCCUACAAGCGUCCCUCGAUGCCGGUGAAACCUGCAGUCGGACGCGCGGCGUCCGUGGGUCAGCCUGUCGGGGAGUCCGUGAAGACCAGAGCGGACGCUCACUCCCUCAUCAGUGCUGUGGACCAGUCCCUCACCGACUGCAUCAAACUGCUCGCUGAGGGCUGCCCUCCGGACCAGGUGAAAGGGGUUCUCUCCCGGCUGCCGACGGUUUCCCAGAAGUUCGCCAAGUACUGGAUCUGCCAGGCCCGCCUCAUGGAGCGGGAGGGAAACCUGGAAGUCCUGCCCGUGUUUCAAGAGGCUGUUCGUGUUGUUCUGGAGCCUGUAGACGAGCUCCGGAUGGUGGUGUUCGAAAUCCUGAGGAAGAAAGACGAGCUCCGAGAAAAGGGAGACCAAGGCGAUCGUCCUGCAACACCUGAGAACACUCCAGGCAGCAGCGUCCCCCAGGCGACCCCUAAACCCGUCAGAGCUCUGAUCAACGGAGAGAGAGGAGACUCGUCCGUGGUCAAGUACAAGAUCACCAGGACUCCCGGGCCUCCAGGUCGUCAGUUUGAAGGAAUGGAGGUCCGCCUCUUCACCCCAGUUCGCCGCUCAGUGCGUAUCGACAGAGCCUCGCUUCGAUACCCGCCGUUCCUCCAGGACCACGACGUCUGCAUCUCCUCGUACAACGACCUGAUCGAUGAGGCGGAGAGAGAAAGAUGCGAAAAGCAAAAGAACGAGGAAAGCAGCCAGCACGCUAGCGACAGCCUGUUGUACAUUUAUAGGGAGAACGAGGCGCUCGGGGACAAAGUUUCUGUCCGGUUGGUUUCUGAGGACAGUCUGUGAAGUGUGUGUAAAGUUUUAGCUCUGACUCAAAUGUUAUCGAAGUUUUAGGAAAUUUUCUUUUCAUUUAUACUGCUGUGUGUAAAAUGAUGUCAAAUAAAGUAUCCCUGCUGUUA